CAGCAAACGGUUAACAAGUAGCAAUGUUAUUAGACCAGUUGUGCAGUGAUUUAGAAUGGCAGUUAAUGGUGACCUGAACAGUAUUACUUUGAUGUGUCGGGGUGAUUUUAAAGGACUCUUGCCAGCCAAUCAGAAACGUGGCCAUGGUAUAAUAGAGUGUACCCCAACAAUCAAUCCAGGGCUCUAAAUAUUCCUCAAAAUACAAUCAGAUCAGGUGUAACUAUUGUUAUAUGCUAUUGUGUUAUUGCUACUAGAAUCAGAUUAUAAUUCUUUUUGGGGAUUGUGCACAAAUACAGACCUAUAUGAUAGGUCGAUAAAUCGAACAGAAUAGUCAACAUAAUUCAAUCUCUUCCAUUGUGUCCAUUUUAUGAAGGAGAAUAAGCUCAUCAUUACUGACAGAAGCUCACUUUGACACCCUGCCCCCAAACAAAUCCCACCACAUCACAUGAAAGACCUCUGAUGCUCAGUUUAAUUAUAGCACCCAGCGACUACGACAUAUUAAAAUAUCACUGAAUAAUGCAUGAGCGUUUCUUACUUUAGGAAGUCAAGUGAAAACACUCAGAGUCUGUUUAGUUUAAUGCAAGGACUUUCGGCUCUCCCCGGGUGAAGGGAUGUCAAACUGGGGUCUGGGGCAGAUCCCGUGGCGGCCUGGUGACUGGGAGGUGAAGGAACAAGCACUGGUAGAAUUGGGAUCCAAUAAAAUUUGAUAUAGGUAUGAAUAUAAAAAUAAAAUUAAUAGAAAUAAUUUGGAAAGUAUUUAGAAUGAGUAGUUUGUCAAAUAUUAUGGCAAAGUAAAAUAAUAAUAAGACAUUUUUAAAAUUACGAGACAGCAUCUAAGAUAUAAUGCCAGUAAGUCAAGUUAUGAGAUACCAAUUAUGGGAAACUCAUGAGAUUUUUUUUUUUGUGGAUGGGACAUACCUUACACCAGAGGUAAUCAAACAAUAAAAGUCUGACUGUGUUGCAUGAAUAAACAAGCAUAUAGUAGAUAAGUAAUCCAAUACAUUCAUGUUUUUUGAUGCUGUUAAAAUGUGUAAACACAAGUAAAACAGGCCCAUAUUUUAAAUAGAAACAGAAAAAAGGGCUGCUGAAUUGUAGCAAACUGAAGUUUUUAUGAAAUGACUCAUCACAGUGGGUAAAGGAAUGGAUGCUGUGACAGUAGUUAGGUCAUCUGGUGGAGUGCAGGCCAGAUGGGGGUGAAAAGAGAAGAGCCGCUGUCACAUUUGGCCACAAAUACGACAACGUUCUCCAUAAAACAUGUCAGAUGCCAUCUUCAGAAUAUGAAAAGCACAGAGAUGACAGAGUUGUAAACAAUGGUCACUAAAUUAUGAAUGGUCCCAGCUAUAUAACAGCUAUUAAGAAGAAAAGGGAAAGGGUGAUGUGAGGGUGAGAAAAGGGAAGUCAGACCAACAUCUUAUAAAUCCAAUGGGAUCCUCAGAUAUGGUUACAUUUCACAGAUGCACUCCUCAAAAAUCAAAACAUUCAGUCUGUGAUUAAAGAUCUCAACCAAAGUUGUUUUUUUAAAGGUAUUUUCAUCUGUUUGUGUUAAGUAAUGUGAAUGCAAAAUGCACAAAUCCGAGUCUGUAAGUGUUUUCUCUCUCCAUGCAAGAAGCCAGCCUGCAUGCAGCUCUUUAACUUUGGCUCCCCAGCCUGCAACAGGUUUGCAUGGUGAGAAAAAGACCUUGGCUGUUUUAAUCUGUGUAAUGAAUAAGAACAUGCCAGCGUGGUAAUGGAUGCCUGCCACCGUGCAGCUAAAUUAUUCAGAGUCUGGGGAACCAGAGAGGCGGCCGGCAGGAUCGGAUUGACCCGCUGUGUCAUCAGUGCGCCUCUGCCCGCCUGGCUCCUCUUUCGGCCCGUGCACCCCGGCUUCAUGAGUUUAAACCAAGCAGCCACAUGAGAAGUCUGUAGAGCGGCCCCGAGGAUGGGCGUUCACAUGCAGGAGAGCCAGGGCCCUCGGGUCAGCUGGCCCACAGGCCUUAGAUACAGUCUGAAGCAUGAAGCACCAGAACUAUUGUUCAAUUACUACUGACGGUUUCUUUCUUUCUUCUCCUAACCCACCCAUCUACCUAUCGCGCAGCCUGCGACCUGCACUAACCCUCAGCAAGACAUUCACUCUGUUUGUCAGCUAGUAGCCCAUUGCUGUCAUGUUCAACACAUGCUGAGUUACAAAGGUAAGACGAGAUGUGCGUAUUCAACUAAACUCGUUUGUUGAUAUCCUGGAACAAAGAGAAGUAUCUUUAUAACGCAGGCAAACAUUUUAAAGUGAGUCAGGAUUCAUCCCAGAGGUUUACGUCAUAAAAACGACGUUUUCUAAUUGUUAAACUUGAACUAUAUAAGAAUUCUAUCGGUAAAACUUUUAAAAAAUGUCAGAACGAUCUCAUCAAUGAGCAGCGUUUUAUUUGAAUAUUAUAGUGACUGGUUGGGUUUAUUUGACGCUUGCGCACAGAGGCCUACAUUUUGCAACUUGUAAGUUGAGCAGUGGAGCAGGUGGGAGGGGAGGAGGAGGGAGGCUGAAAGAAGAGGAGGAGGAGGGGAGGAAGAGGGAGAGAGGGAUGCCGGGAGGCGCUGCCGAUGUUAACAGCUCAGUCUGGUGAAGAGGAGCAGAGGAGCUCUGUAGCUGUCCGCUCCCCGGCUUUCAUGUCAGGGGCCACACUGCUUGCGAGGUGCUUGCAGGGAGGAGGAUGAUGACCAUGAACGGCAAGCAGCAUUUCUCCAUGCACCCGGCUCUGCACGAGCCCAAGUAUCCUGGCCUGCACUCAGGCUCGGAGGGCAUGCGCAGAGUCUGUCUGCCCGCCCCGCAGCUGCAGGGCAAUAUAUUCGGAGGCUUUGAUGAGAGCCUGCUGGCACGGGCAGAGGCUCUGGUGGCUGCUGACAGCAUUGUCUCUCACGGCAAGAGUCACCCGUUCAAACCAGACGUGACUUACCAUACCAUGAGCAGUGUCCCCUGCACCUCAGCCUCCUCUUCUUCCUCCACCACCGUGCCCAUCUCCCACGUCCCUUCCACCAUCGCCUCCCACCACCAUCACCACCACCACCACCUCGGACAGACCCUGGAGGCCGGGGACCUCCUGGACCACCUCUCCACCAGCCUGGCCGUGACCGGGAUGGGAGCUCCGGAGCCUCCCGGGAUGACCAACCCGGCGCACCACCACCAGCACCCUCACCACCACCUGCAGACCAUGGGGCAGCUGCACCAGGCGAUGGCCACCAUGGCCCACCCUCACUCGCUGUCAGUCCACGGCGGCAUGGCGUGCGUUAACGACGUGGAGUCGGAUCCCAGGGAGCUGGAAGCCUUCGCCGAGCGGUUCAAGCAGAGGAGGAUCAAACUCGGAGUGACCCAGGCGGACGUCGGGUCGGCGCUGGCCAACCUCAAGAUCCCCGGAGUGGGGUCGUUGAGCCAGAGCACCAUCUGCAGGUUCGAGUCCCUCACCUUGUCCCACAACAACAUGAUAGCGCUCAAACCGGUUCUCCAGGCCUGGCUGGAGGAAGCAGAGGCCGCGUACCGGGAGAAAAGCAGCAAGCCGGACCUUUUCAACGGGAACGAGAGGAAAAGAAAGCGCACCUCCAUCGCCGCGCCGGAGAAGCGCUCUUUGGAGGCUUACUUUGCCAUCCAGCCUCGGCCCUCCUCGGAAAAAAUUGCGGCCAUCGCCGAAAAACUGGACCUGAAAAAGAAUGUGGUUCGAGUGUGGUUUUGCAACCAGCGGCAAAAACAGAAACGAAUGAAAUACUCUGCGGUGCACUGAGUGUCACACAUCAUGAAUAAAAUAGCCUACUACAUUUUUGAUCGAGUGAUUAAUAAUAGCCUAAGUAGCCUAACUAACAGGGAUUUAUCAACAGCUGUUCACGUCUCAUCUGGGAUUAUCUCCAAAAAGACUUUUACUUCAAUUUUUCAGUCACUCACUCUCCGUUGUUGCACUUUUUUUCGAUUUUGUUAUUAAUAUGGGACUCAUGAAUGAUUUUUAUAGAUCUGUGAGGAGGGUGAUUUUGAUGUUGUUGAUCAUGUAUCUUGCACACACUAAAUAUGAACUUUCAGUCCACCCUGACAGUCUGUCACAUUCAGGGAUAUUAGCUCACUUCUUUUUUU